CAGGCUACCCAGCCGCGGGGGGUGCACGGAGAAAAGGGGCGGGGUGGUCCGGGCUGCUGUGCUGGCAGCAGCAGGCGAGGGCGCGGCUGCGGGGUUCCUGGUGCUGAGGACCGACGCCAUUGGAGCCCCGGGGAAGGCAGAGCUCUCUUCUCCCUGGGACCCGAAGCAUGGCUGAGGGAAGCUUCGGCGUGCAAUCGGAAAACUACAGUGUUGAGGACAUGGACGAGGGUAGCGACGAAGUCGGGGAGGAAGAGAUGGUUGAAGGCAACGACUAUGAAGAAUUCGGUGCCUUUGGCGGCUAUGGCACCCUCACCAGCUUUGACAUCCACAUCCUCAGAGCCUUCGGAAGCUUGGGUCCAGGCCUUCGCAUCUUGUCGAAUGAGCCCUGGGAAUUGGAAAACCCUGUGCUGGCCCAGACCCUGGUGGAGGCAUUGCAGCUGGAUCCGGAAACACUUGCCAAUGAGACGGCCGCCCGUGCUGCCAACGUUGCCCGUGCCGCCGCCUCCAACCGUGCGGCUCGGGCCGCUGCCGCCGCUGCCCGUAGCGCCUUCAAUCAGGUGAUGGCUAGCCACCGGGUGGCCACGCCGCAGGUCUCAGGAGAGGAUACCCAGCCCUCGACCUAUUCCGCUGCCACCGCCGCCGCCGCCGCCGCCGCCCCCGCCGCCGCCGAGGCUCAGGGGCCCACCCCGGAGCCCCCCCUUGCUUCUCCGCAGACCUCCCAGAUGUUAGUCACCAGUGAGAUGGCUGCCCCCGGGGCCCCGGCAACCUCUGCACAGUCCCAGACAGGCUCCCCGGCCCAGGAGGCUGCUACCGAGGGCCCUAGUAGCGCCUGUGCUUUCUCUCGGGCUCCGAGUGCCAGUGAGGUGGAUGCCACCCGGCCCAGCACAGCCUUCCUGGGUCCGAACGAUGUCUUUGAUUUCACCCAGCCAGCAGGUGUCAGUGGCAUGGCCUUCCCACGCCCCAAGAGACCUGCCCCAGCCCAAGAGGCUGCCACAGAGGGCCCCAGUGCUGCCUCUGGGGUGUCCCAGAUGGGACCUGGCAGGGAGGUGGCAGCCACCCGGCCCAAGACCACCAAGUCUGGGAAGGCCCUGGCCAAGACUCGGUGGGUGGAGCCUCAGAACGUUGUGGCAGCAGCUGCUGCCAAGGCCAAGAUGGCCACAAGCAUCCCUGAGCCGGAGGGUGCAGCUGCUGCCACUGCUCAGCACAGUGCUGAGCCCUGGGCCAGGAUGGGAGGCAAGAGGACCAAGAAGUCCAAGCACCUGGAUGAUGAGUAUGAGAGCAGUGAGGAGGAGAGAGAGCCUCCUGCGGUCCCGCCCACCUGGAGAGCAUCACCGCCCUCAUUGACCGUGCGGGCUCAGUUGGCCCCUCGGCCCCCGGUGGCCCCGAGGUCCCAGAUACCCUCAAGGCACGUACUGUGCCUGCCCCCCCGCAACGUGACCCUUCUGCAAGAGAGGGCAAAUAAGUUGGUGAAAUACCUGAUGAUUAAGGACUACAAGAAGAUCCCCAUCAAGCGCUCAGACAUGCUGAAGGAUGUCAUCAGAGAGUAUGACGAACAUUUCCCUGAGAUCAUCGAACGAGCAACGUACACCCUGGAAAAGAAGUUUGGGAUCCACCUGAAGGAGAUCGACAAGGAAGAACACCUGUAUAUUCUUGUCUGCACACGGGACUCCUCAGCUCGCCUCCUUGGAAAAACCAAGGACACUCCCAGGCUGAGUCUCCUCUUGGUGAUUCUGGGCGUCAUCUUCAUGAAUGGCAACCGUGCCAGUGAGGCUGUCCUCUGGGAGGCACUACGCAAGAUGGGACUGCGCCCUGGGGUGAGGCACCCAUUCCUUGGCGAUCUGAGGAAGCUCAUCACAGAUGACUUUGUGAAGCAGAAGUACCUGGAAUACAAGAAGAUCCCCAACAGCAACCCGCCUGAGUAUGAAUUCCUGUGGGGCCUGCGCGCCCGCCAUGAGACCAGCAAGAUGAGGGUCCUGAGAUUCAUCGCCCAGAAUCAGAACCGAGACCCCCGGGAGUGGAAGGCUCGUUUCUUGGAGGCUGUGGAUGAUGCUUUCAAGAAGAUGGAUGUGGAUAUGGCCGAGGAACAUGCCAGGGCCCAGAUGAGGGCCCAGAUGAAUAUCGGGGAUGAGGCUCUGAUUGGACGGUGGAGCUGGGAUGACAUACAGGUCGAGCUCCUGACCUGGGACGAGGACGGAGAUUUUGGCGACGCCUGGGCCAGGAUCCCCUUUGCUUUCUGGGCCAGAUACCAUCAGUACAUUCUGAACAGCAACCGUGCCAACAGGAGGGCCACGUGGAGAGCUGGUGUCAGCAGUGGCACCAACGGAGGGGCCAGCACCAGCGUCCUAGAUGGCCCUAGCACCAGCUCCACCAUCCGCACCAGAAAUGCCGCCAGAGCUGGCGCCAGCUUUUUCUCCUGGAUCCAGCACCGCUGACGAACUGCAGCGAUCUUACUGGCCAGGCCAGAGCGCCUCCUCUCAGAUUCCCUCUGGACACAGCACGCUAGGCAGCUGCUUCCUGUCCAUCGGAAGUGGCGUGCAAGAUGCAGCUCUCCUGCUUUUCCUGCUUUCAUUGUGUGCUUUUCCUUGUGCUUUCAUGUUUUGGGUAUCAGUGUUACAUUAAAGUUGCAAAAUUAA